AUGAUGGCAUCAAAUAGCACGCUCCCCCUUGCCAUGCGCGCCGCCCAAUGGCGCUUCAUCAAAGGCGGCAUCGACAAGAAUCUCACCCUCGUCACCGACGCUAAACUACCCAGAAAUACAUCAUCGAUUCCAAAAGGACAUACCCUUGUCAAAGUCGCAUAUGCAUCAGUCAAUCAUCUUGACUACAAAAUUGCUGAAAUGCCUCUCACGAACUUCAUGUUCUCCAAACCCGUCACGCCAGGUCUUGACUUCUCUGGCACGAUAGUCUCCACGACACUGAAUGAGUUCCAGUCCGGUCAGAAGGUAUUUGGAAGGACAGAGUUACCAAUUGGUGGAACUCUUGCGGAGUAUGUUGUUGUUGGGAGCAAGGCAAUGGCAGUGUUGCCGGAUGGUGUUGAGCUUAAAGAUGCGGCCUGCGUUGGGAUCUGUGGGACGACCGCUUUGCAGUGCAUGUCACCAUUCGUGAAGGCGGAUGAUAGGGUGUUUAUUAAUGGUGGCAGUGGAGGUGUUGGUGUUUUUGCGAUUCAGGUUGCGAAAGCUUUGGGAUGUUCUCAUGUCACAGUCACUUGCUCCGCUUCCAACGCCGAGUUUUGUCGCAGCCUCGGGGCUGAUGAGACUAUUGACUACAAGUCCGAAGACCCGAUUGGAGUGCUCAAAAAGAAAGAAGACAAGUUUGACUUCAUCCUCGACACGGUCUUCAACGAUCCAGAUCUCUACUGGCAGUCACAUCGGUAUCUCAAACCCGAGGGGCAGUAUGUUUGCGUCGGUCUGCCGCCACGCUUUCAUACCUUCAAAGCUCUCCUCACUAUCAGUAUGUUACCGGGGUGGCUGGGCGGUGGAAAGCGUAAGUUCAAGUACCACUCUGUGACCGCUAACAGGAAGGACUUUGGGCAGGUUGCGGAUUGGAUGAAAGAUGGGAAGGUGAAGGCCGUUAUUGAGGAGGAGUUUGGGUUGGAGGAUACAGCGAGGGCUUAUGCGAGACUGAAGGAGGGAAGGACGAGAGGGAAGAUGGUUGUGCGUGUUGGGGGUGAAGCUGGUGCUGAUGGAUAA